AAUUUUCGAUUUUUGCGCUACAAAAUAUAUAAAAAAGCUCUUUUGGUUUGUUUGUUUGUUGUUGUUGUCGGAAAAAAUGGCUGGUCGUGGUAAAACUCUUGGAUCCGGUGCGGCGAAGAAAGCUACGUCACGGAGUAGCAAAGCCGGGCUUCAAUUCCCGGUGGGUCGUAUCGCUCGUUUCUUGAAAGCUGGUAAAUACGCCGAACGUGUUGGUGCUGGUGCUCCGGUUUAUCUCGCCGCCGUUCUCGAGUAUUUGGCCGCCGAGGUUCUUGAACUCGCUGGAAACGCAGCAAGAGAUAACAAGAAGACACGUAUUGUUCCUCGUCACAUUCAGCUCGCUGUUAGAAAUGAUGAGGAGCUAAGCAAGCUUCUUGGAGAUGUGACGAUUGCUAAUGGAGGAGUGAUGCCUAACAUCCACAAUCUUCUUCUCCCUAAGAAGUCUGGACCUUCUAAGCCUCAGGAGGAUUAGGUCUCUACAGGAGAUAUAGAACACGUCUUGCUGACUCUUUUGUUAUGUUUGGCUUCUGAUCGAAAUAAACAAAUAACUAAGCUAGUGCUUUUGUUUAGGUGCUUUUGUGUUCUUUCAGUUUGUUUAGGGCUUUGUUUCUUUCUUUUUGUUUCACUUUGCGUGUGAAUAUAUCAAAGUAUUUUACUAUUUUACAUAAUUGAGUUCAGGAGUUUCUA